AUGAACAAUCCAAAGACACCCUCACGACAUCGCUCUCGUUCAGAGGCGAAGACGCCUUUGACGCCCUCUAUUCUCUCUGGUCUUAACAAUAUCUCACUCGCACCUUCCACUACUAAACGUACCACCCGACCUGGUGCACCUACAAAGUCAAAAUCCUCCACAGGUCCUUUUGAUACAACGAAUCCAUUCAUUGCGCCACUACCCAAAUCGAGACCCUCUUCCCCAGUGAAGAGAAUCACAUCGGGUGGCAUACCCAACUCGGAUUCUUUCCAACGUCAGGCCAAUGGAGGUGUCAUUAGAAAGGGUGGCGUCGAGAGCCGGCUCGAUGUAGUGACUAGGGAUUAUGUGCCACCACCAAAGCCUGAAGUAAAACGGUCAAAAUCAACACCUGCCGUGAAUCGCGCGGGAGCUGAUAAGCGUGACCGCUUUAUUACAAACCGCGAAGCAACCGACAUUGCAGCUGUCUCUGCAACCAUGGAGCAGAUGAGCCUCAACCCCCAGAACAGCUCCCCAGGGCACACCGCCCGCCUGGCUGCUGCCACUGGCAUGCCACUCAACCGUCGAAUUUUGGGAUACCACGAACAACCCCCAUCCGCAUCGUCUUCCGACACAACGCUUGCUCAACAAAGGGAGUUUGCUAAGCCACUCUAUGCACAGCGUCCAGGUGCAAUCGCGACGUCUACAGGUGCUGUUUCGAACAAGACGCGCAAGAUACCCACACAACCUGAACGAGUGCUCGACGCGCCUGGAAUGGUCGAUGACUUCUACCUCAACCUUCUCAGCUGGUCCUGCCAAAAUGCAGUGGCGGUGGCUCUUGAGGCUUCUACUUACAUUUGGAAGGCGGAUACCGGAGCAGUCGUCCAGCUAGGAGAGUGUUCUGAGGGCUCCUACGUCUCCUGUGUCGAUUUCUCGGGCGAUGGUGCUUUCCUGGGUGUCGGUGUUGGGAAUGGAGACGUUGAGUUGUGGGACGUGGAGACAGGUCAAAAGCUUCGUACGAUGAGUGGGCACCAGGCACAAGUCGCGGCCCUUUCAUGGAGUCAACACAUUUUGAGCUCAGGGUGCGGAGAUGGUAGCAUCUGGCAUCACGACGUGCGCGUACCGAGGCAUAAAGUCAUGGAACUCCUGGGCCAUACCGGAGAGGUUUGUGGCCUCAAAUGGCGAUCGGACGGCGAACUUCUUGCUAGCGGUGGAAACGACAACGUUGUCAACAUUUGGGACGGUAGAGUCGGUGACGUUGCUGAAGGUGCGCGAGGAAGUGCCAAAUGGACGAAGAGGAACCAUACUGCCGCCGUUAAGGCUAUUGCAUGGUGUCCAUGGCAGCCUUCGCUGCUCGCCUCUGGAGGAGGCACCAACGACGCGACUAUCAACGUCUGGAACAGCACCACCGGCGCCCGUCUGCACACUUUACGUACUCCGUCUCAGAUCACCUCUAUUCAAUGGGCUCCUCACAAAAAGGAGAUUCUCACCACUCACGGAUAUCCCACCAAUUCAAUCAUGGUGCACGCAUACCCUAGCAUGGAACGCGUCGCCGAGAUUCGCGAUGCGCACGAUUCCAGAGUUCUGUUCAGCUGCGUGGGUCCAGCCGGCGACGUCGUGUGCACCGGAGCUGGUGACGAAAACCUCAAGUUCUGGCGGAUUUGGGAAAUCGCGAGCGAGACUACGAAGAAGAAGAAAACUUUGGGGGUUGGAGACGAGCUUGGCGGGGGUCGACCGAAUUCGACCAAGGAGGGCAUUUUGAGCAUUCGCUAA